AUGGCUGCAAAAUAUGGGAAAAAUACUUCAAUUUUUAUCUCACUGCUACUGAAUCAGAUUUCAAAGAGCUAUAAAGUGAAAACCUCCAUUCUCUUAACCUGCAUUGGACCCAAAGGACGCGAAAUUUACGAGACAUUUACCUUCUCACAAGAAACUGACAAGCUGAAACUCUCAAGGGUCGUAUUAGAAAAAUUCAGUGCAUAUUGUAAUCCUAGAAAGAAUAUCACUAUACUUCACUAUCAAUUCUUUACCUACAGCCAACACGAAGGUCAGUCUUUCAACGAUUUCGUCAUAGAACUUAAGAAACGAGCCUCUGAGUGUGAAUUUGGGACUUUAGCUGAUUCACUGAUUAAAGACAUGAUUGUUUGCGGGGUAGCUGAUCAAUCCCUCCGUGAAAGACUCUUACGUGAUGCGGAUUUAACACUUGCCAAGGUCAUUGAUGCCGGUAUUGCUGCAGAGGAAACCAAGCGUCACGCAAAAGAGCUCGAAAAACAUCAACAAUCGUCAGAUAUUCACCAAGUUUAUCAUUCAAAAGAAAGAAAACUCAAAGAAUCUAGCAGAGCCCCUGAUGACGUCAUCAAGAAAUGUAAGUUUUGUAAUGGCUCCCACCAACGUGGCAACUGUCCGGCCUACGGGAAACGGUGUAGAACAUGCAACCGUAAGAAUCAUUUUGCUGUUCCCAAAAAUCUGUCAAAUGUUGUUGCUGAGCAGGAUAAGUCCUCUGAUGAUGAAUUUUUCAUCGAUAUGGUUAAAGUCACUAAUACCAAUCAGAAUCUCUCAACUGAAGGUUAUGGUGAAAACACCCCAACUCCCAAAUCCAUGCCAACCAAUGCUAGUCCCAAUGUUUUCACAGUUAACAAUACCAAAUCAGAUUGGUCUGUCACACUGGGCAUGAAUGGAACUGAUGUCAAUUUCAAAAUAGAUACUGGAGCCCAGUGCAAUGUAAUUUCCAAAGCGCCUACUUUCCAACCUCUCACCUAA